AGAGGUUAGAGAGAGAGGAUGGGCAACAUGGCAGCGUGCUUGGCCCAACAGAGGACCACCACGGCUGUGCCGGCCGUGAGCCCCAAGCGGGGGCGGCUCAUCUCCCUCAAGCUCCUCAUGAAGGCCAUCCGCAGGAUGAAGACGAAGAGGGCCAAGAUAGAUAGCAAAUCGUCGUCGUCGUCGUUAACAAUGGCAGCAGCAGCAGCAGAAGAUGGAUCGAAAGGAGGAGGAGGCGGCGGGGUGGAGGAGAAAAGCAAGGUGGCGGUCUCCAACAACCCCAAGGGCGCCGUGCUGCGGUCGAGGCUCCACGGCCGGGGCGGCGGAGGCCUCAGGAAGGGCGCCGUGCGGGUGAAGGUGGUGCUGACCAAGGAGGAGGCCGCGCGGCUGCUGUCGCUGACCGUCGGCGGCCAGAAGGCCGCCGCCACGCAGAUCGUGGCCGAGAUCAAGAGGAUGGAGGCCCGCCGCGCCGCCAAUGCCGCCGCCGCCGCGUGGCGCCCGGCGCUGGCCAGCAUCCCGGAGGAGUCGGCGUAGGAUCGGAGGUCUCAUGAUGCCUAGGCAGUCGGCGUGGGCGAUAUAUCGUACCGGAGGAGAGGACGAGGACUUGGGUUGAGCGGCGAGGCGACGCCGCGACGACGGCGUACGCUCCCCCACCCAUGCACACGCGCGCCCGGCCGGCGCCGAUCGGUUGGACGAUCCAUCCUCGCCGCGCCGCGCCGGUGUACAGCUAGCUAGCUUUUCCCUCUUUUUUUCGAAGCUUGGCUCUCUUCUGUUCUGUUGUGUUGUCGCCCGGCCUGUUAUUCGUCUCCAUCAGCUAGCAGUGUUCUGCAGUCGCCAGCAACCGAAAGAAAUGGAAUGGAACUCCGGCUCUUUCUCAUGAAA